AUGAUCUCCCCGCGCCCCACUCUCUCCUCCGGCUUCUUCUCCCGCUCCGCCUCCUUCUCCCGCCCGGGCUCAUUCUCCCCCUCGCCGCCCGCCUCGCCGGCCGCGCAGCCGCCGCCGCGGCUGCUCUCGGCCCCGCUCGCGCGCCAGGCCACCUUCUCCUGCUCCGCCUCCGCCGUCGCCGCGCCGGGCCGCGGCGCCUCCUCCUGCUUCUACGACGUGCUCGGCCUGGACGCCGGCGCGAGCGACGGGGAGAUCAAGGCCGCGUACCGCCGCCUGGCGCGCGCCGUCCACCCGGACGUGUCCCCGCACCCCGCCGACGACUUCAUACGCGUGCACGCCGCCUACAGCACGCUCUCCGACCCCAGCAAGCGCGCCGACUACGACCGCCGCAUGAUCAUGAUCCCCUCCGCCGUCGCCCGCCGCAGCGCCCCGAACCUCGCCCGCUCGCCGUCGUUCCCCGGGUGCCGACGCCGCACCUGGGAGACCGACCAGUGCUGGUGA